GAUUGCCGUACUUUCACAUGACUUCCACUACGUGUGACCGACCCGCAUUCCUCAGGUGGCUCCGGCUCCGUCACACGCCGAAUCGAAACAACCUCCAUCUGUGUAUAGUUCCGGACGAUGAAGACGUGUAAAAGUGUCUGCCGCUGACGGACUCUCGGCGUGUGGGAGGGUUCCGGACGUGCGACCGGCAGCUGACCGGAGCAGGAGGGAGACACUCGGCGACGGGAUCGAACCUCGGCGGUGAUGGCUGAGCUCGUGAGAAGGUGCAGUUACUUCUUUCUCUACGAUGGCUCCAAGGUCAAAGGGGAGGGCGACCGCACCAGAGAGGGGAUCUGCUACUUCUACCCCGAAGAGACCCCCGUGGACAAGCAGGAGCUGCUCUGUGGUCAGCUCGCCGGCGUCGGCCGCUGCGUCUCCGAGCUCUCCUCCUCGCCCGUGCGCAUCCUGCGGCUGCGCCGCAACAAGUACGCCAUCCGCAUGGAGGGCCACUUCUUCUGGGCUCUGGGCUGCUCGGCGGACGUCCCCAUCGCCAGCGUCUGUGAGCGGCUGGAUCAGCUCAUCGAUCUCUUUUGUUUCUACAGCGACUCCGUCCGACAGAGCUACCAGCUCAACAGCCAGGAGACUCUGUCCGCCCGGUGGGCACAGUACUUCUUGCACCUGCAGCCCGGAUCCUCGGAGCUUCACCGCAUCUUCAGCUGCUUACGGACCAUUGACUCGACCAACGUUGACCCACUUCUGCUGCUCAAGGCUGCCCUCAUUCUCCAGGCCUGUCAGCGCUGCCCUCUAGUGUUGGCAGGCUGCAUCCUCUUCAGAGGAAGAGUUGUAAGCACACAGAUGUCUCCCGAGCUCACAAUGAAGGUCAUGGUCCAUGAGAGCGAGACGUACGCCAAGGCACAGAGCUCCAGCAGCUCCCUCGACGCAGCCGUCAGCUCCAUCACCGUGUUCCUGACCACGUCUGAACUCCAGUACCUGCAGUCGGCUCCUGUCCACAAAGAUUUAAGUUCCCACUCUACUCCACACAGAGACGCUCCCCAAAAGAAGACGCGUCUGUCAAGGACUCUAUCUGAAAUGGCGUCCACGGAGUCCGACUCAUCCGAUCUAGGGCCGCCCCAGUCUCCCCACAAGAUGUCCUUCAGCCCGUGCUUGUCAGAAUCAGACAACUCUGUGUUUAGCCCUGCUCCGUCACAGAGCACCGCAGAUCCCCUCGACCCCCCGCCGCAGUCCCCCGAGCCUCCUUUCUCCAACGGACGACACUCCCCUGAAGCGGAGGAGGAGGAGGCGCUGGAUGAAUCUUGCUAUCAGAGUUUUCACAGCAACGGAGGCGGAGACAGCCAGGUGCACCACGAAGGAGGGGGCUCUGCGUUUGACGAAAGGUCCAGCCUCAAUGGAGGAGAUGGAGACGCAGCCCGUGACUUCCGAGUGGGGGACUCAGGCAACGAGGAAUCACACGACGAUGAAGACGACGGGGCGGCGGUGGGAAAUAGAGAAGGUGGCUGCGGGAGUGCACAAGGAGACCAGGGAGAAGAUCCUCUCCCGCCCUAUGGUGGUUUUGAAAACCCGGAGGAGAGUCCCCGGAUCCCCAUGAUGCUGUACCUGCAUCGGGUCAAAGGCCUGGUGCUGGCCCUGCUGACGGACCCUCGCUUCUUGAGCGACGAAGCCUCUAUGGAGGAAGUGUAUCACAGCAGCCUGGCGUCACUCAAUGGACUGGAGGCCCAUCUGGGGACCGUUCCUCCCGUUCCUCCCGGGGCCCCGGGCGCGCCGGGACCCUACAUCUUCGCCCACUUCGACUGCAUUCAGAGCACAUUGACAACCAACCUGUCUGGUCGACCAGGGGGAGCCCCGGAGCAUCCUUUUGUCAGGGCUACAUCACUCCUCCACUCGCAUUUCUGUAACACUAAAACUCUGCAGGAGGCUAUUAUCAGGAGUGCCGGUGCUGCCGUGUACGGGACCCGCAGCGUCGCCCAUGAGACCUACUUCCAGCAGCACGGGGGAUCGCUGAGGAACUCGGGCAUCCCGAACCACCAGGACAGCGCCUUCUCGCUGCCGGGCAAGGCCCGACACAGACUGCUGAAGCACGGGGUGAACCUGCUCUGACACAACGGGCGGUGAGACUAUCUGCUGUGAGCGUGUGUUCAGCCGAUCCCGUUGAGGACUUUACAAUCCACACAGGAGAUUCGAGAAAGGAGAAGAAAAAAAGGACUAAAAGCUUCCUCUGUUCCAUGAGCUGCUGCGGUGAACCGAAACAGAUUGUGUCAUAUUUCUGAUGUUCAAUCACACGUUAUAUUCAUAGCAUAACAUAGUAGUAUCAUUGAUACGAAUUUUGCGAUGAAAACGAGUUGAAAAUCAUUUCUGUCCUGUUUUUUUGUCAUGUUACGUUUACAAUAAGUCCUAUCUUAAGUUAUUCACCGGCGAUACCGAGUACAGUUUGUUCACAUUUAAUUUCUACACUUUGAUUUUCACUUCACAGGUACUUCCUGCUCAGUCAAAUCCCCCACAGCAGUACGUGUAACCAUUCCUUGCACUUAUAUAUAUAUUCAUUUAACACAAACAGUUUAACUUUUAACUUAAUGCAUUUGUACAGAAUCGUGCUUUUUCUUGCUGCACAUGUAUUUGUUAGAAAGAGACAUUUCUAAAACAAUAUAAGAAAAAAACCACUUGAGUAAAAACUGUUUAUGUAUUUCAAAUCAACCUAUUGAACUACUGCGCGCUGGUGCUGCGCGUUGUUAGUGGAAAUUAAAUGAAUACAGGAUCCUC